UUGGCAUCUCCAGUGACUCGUCCGCCGCCCCGGCACCCCCCAGCCCGAGAAAGCAGAAGGCACACGGUGAAGAAGCUUAUAGAUAGAUAGCGAUGCAGCGCGAGGUGCGCACUACGCUCCUCUCCUAGCAGCAUAGCAUAGCACAGCUUGCCCGCCGCCGCGACCUCCGGGCUCUGGGAAAUGGAGCAGCCACUCCAAGUGAAGCGUUGCAUAGCCUUUUGAGCAGUGAGUUACUUGAGUUCACUCUGUAGUACAGCGGUGGGAGAAGAGGAGGAAGAGGAAGGACGGGAGGAAGACGAAGCUCGUGUGGUUGCUUGUUGUAGAGUAGAGUUGGCCAUGGACGCCUACGAGGCGACCAAGGUGGUGUUCUCGCGGAUCCAGGCGCUGGACCCGGACCACGCCGCCAAGAUCAUGGGGUUCUUGCUCAUCCGGGACCACGGCGAGAAGGAGAUGAUACGCCUCGCCUUCGGCCCCGAGGCGCUGCUCCACACCGUCAUGGCCAAGGCGCGCAAGGAGCUCGGCCUGCUCCCGGCGUCCGGCCCGGGGACGCCGACCUCCGCGGCCGCGCACUCGCCGUUCCUGAUGUCGCGCCAGAACUCAGGCCGCUGCGGUACCGCACCCUCGCCGCUCUCGGUCUCAUCGCCCUCGUCGUGGGCGCCCCCGCCGGUGUUCUCGAGAAGCAACAGCGUGAGCAAUGGCGCGGUGGAGGAAAUGGUCGGCGUCGGGGAGGAGCUGAUGAGCCCGGCGAACGGAAACGGCCCGCCGUCGCCGUUCUUUCGCGGGCCCGGCGGGGACCCGCUCCUCGACGAGCUCCAGCUGCAGGAGCAGCUCGCGUUCCUCAACGACGGGGGCGCGGGGGCCGGGCACCAGCUGCCCCUGUUCGACGGCAGCGAGUGCCGAAGCCCAGGCGCUGGCGACGGCGGGUUCUUCCCGUACGGACUCGGGUGGGCUAACGGCGGCCCCGGGCACCGCCGAAGCUCGUCGGUGAGCGAGCUCUGCCUCGGCGGGGCCGACGGCCUCGGCUGGAAGCCGUGCCUGUACUACGCCCGCGGGUACUGCAAGAACGGCAGCGCUUGCCGGUUCGUCCACGGCGGGCUUCCCGACGACGCCGGCGCCAAGAUGGACCCCACCUCCAUGGAUCAGCAGUGCCAGGACAUCCUCCUCCGCUCCAAGUCGCAGAGCCUUGCCGCUGCUGCCUUCCCCUACUCACCGACCGGAUCGCUCCCUGGCUCCCCGUCGGCGGCCAGCAAAUGCUUGAGCUUGCUCUUGCAGCAGCAGAACGAGAGCCAAAGGGCUGCAGCUGCAGCGGCCGCUGCAACGCUGAUGCUGGGCGGCAACGAGGCGCACAAGUUCAUGGGGCGGCCGCGGCUGGACCGCGCCGACUUGGCGAGCAUGAUGAACCCCGGCUCGCGGCAGAUUUACCUCACCUUCCCGGCGGACAGCACGUUCCGCGAGGAGGACGUCUCCAACUACUUCAGCAUCUACGGCCCCGUCCACGACGUGCGCAUCCCGUACCAGCAGAAGCGCAUGUUCGGGUUCGUUACCUUCGUCUACCCGGAGACGGUGAAGCUGAUCCUGGCCAAGGGCAACCCGCACUUCAUCUGCGACGCGCGCGUGCUCGUCAAGCCCUACAAGGAGAAGGGCAAGGUCCCCGACAAAUACAGGAAGCAGCAGCUGCAAGGUGAGAGGGUGGAUUUCUCCAACGGGUUAGAUGCCAGAGACCCCUUCGACCUGCACCAGCUCGGUGCGAGGAUGCUGCAGCACUCCAACAGCGCGAACGAGUUGUUGCUGAGGAGGAAGCUGGAGGAGCAGCAGCAGCAGCAGGCAGCCGAGCUGCAGCAGGCGAUGGAGCUCCAGAGCCGACGCCUCAUGGGUUUGCAGCUGCUAGACCUCAAGUCCCGCUCCUCCGCAGCGCCGAGCCCCAUUGGCAUGCCCUUCAGUCCUACUCGGGCUGUCGCCACCCCUACCGUCGAGUCGCCGCCUGAUUCCGUAGGGGAGCAAGGCAAGGGCGGCAGCUUCCUUCUUCCUCAGAGGAGGGCGGUCAACGCACCCGAUAAGGAGGAAUCUGCCGGCGAGGCGAGUCCGAACGGAGACAGUGACCAAAGUGUGGAUCAUAACCUCCCGGACAGCCCGUUCGCAUCGCCAACCAUGUCCGCAGCGUUUGCUCGUGAUCCUUUCGCGCCAAAUGAGUCUGAGAUCUCAGCCGCCCCCACAGGAUGCCACGCAUCCUUUGUUGGCAUCAACAAUGGCGGCAGCGUCACAAACCAUCUGAGGCCCUCUGCACUGGAUAUACCUCCACCGAAGCCCUACUUCUUCCCCAUGCCCAGGCUGUCCUCCGAUCACGGUGCCGGCGCGAUCGGGAUGUAAAGUUGUCCUCAAUGGGACAUGGGAGUGAGUAAUAUUACUUGCCUAAUCAUAGAACACUAGAAUCAAAGAAAGAAGAUAGUGGAAUAUAGGAAAAGAACCGAGAAGUUGCAGCAUAGUGUUAGUUCAGUUCCUUUUUUAUUUAUUUGUAUUUUACUUUCGAGUUGAUAGCUUUUGUCAAACCACAGUAGGAGAAGAUGCCAUACUGCCAUGGCCAGAAGCUGAGAAGCAGCAGCAACAGAUUAGUGCACUCCACUCCUAUUAAUACAUCGAUUACUACUGAUUACUAGUAUUACCAGUUACUACAAGUACUUACUGGUACCACCCAGCAUAAUCGUGAUAUGCUACUGCUACAGCCACUAGUUGAUACACUUGAUAACAAUCUAGGUGUGAUGUUUACCAACAAGACUGGUACCAACCACAAGAUACAUGUAACUCCGAGGCUCCUUGCUUCCUUGCUGUAUGCAAACAACCAUGCAAGGCAGUACACAGAUGUGACAGGCUAGGAGGACAGGAAGGUCAGUCAGUGUAUGUAAACUUUUCACAAGAUGAACAGACAAGUCUCAGUGUAGGUGUGAGGGAAGGACCCCUGCUGAUGCUGAACCAAGCUGUCGUGUUGUGCCAAACAGCCAACACCCACAGGGAGGAGAGGUGUCAGUGUUGGGGUUCUCGGCUCUCUCAGCAGUCGCUACAGAACAUUUUUUUUUACUUUUGGCUCUGUCGAAUGAAUCUAUCGCGGUGAACAGUAUUAUACAAAGAAAGGAAAAUUAAAGAUAUGGAAAUAAUUUGCCCUC